UGUCGCUGGUCGAUCGCUACCUCUCGAUUGCCGAUUGGCUCAUCACUCAUCAGAUUCAGUCUUUCAGAUCUGCUUCUCAGAGGCUCUGACUCCAGUCUCCAUAUCUGCUUCAACUUUCUUUCCAUCCGACUUCUUAAUUAGCGAUUCCGUGAGGUUCCGGGCAAUGCUUAACAUCCCAGUUCAUCAAGUUGCCGGACAUCAAGCUGUUGAUGGAAAUCUUGGGCCACUUGUAGAUAAUUCAGGGCGGUUUUACAAGCCUCUUCAGAGUCAUGAGCGCGGGUCCAGUGAGGUAGCCUUCUACACAUCAUUUGCUUCCAACACAAGGAUCCCGGAUCACAUUCGCAGAUAUUUUCCCGUGUUCCAUGGCACUCAGCUUGUAGAGGCAUCUGAUGGAACUGGCCUGCAUCCUCAUCUUGUUUUGCAAGAUCUUGUUGCAGGUCGCAUCAAUCCCUCCAUCAUGGAUGCUAAGAUUGGCUCUAGAACCUGGCCUCCCCAAGCAUCUGAAGACUAUAUAGCAAAAUCCUUGAAGAAAGAUAGAGAAUCCACAAGCAUCCCAUUGGGUUUCAGGAUAUCAGGACUCCAAAUAUAUAUAAGUGAAGAAUCUGGAUACUGGAAACCUAACAAAGGGUUCAUCAGGAGCUUUUCUGCUGAUGGUGUUAGACUAGUGCUGAGGAAAUUUGUUUCUUCCAAUGUAACUGCAGAUUCAGAUUCAGAUUCAGACCCAGAUUGCGCUUUUGCAUCAAUAGUUUAUGGUGGUUCUGCAGGGAUUUUGGCACAGCUCCUGGAGCUGAAAGCAUGGUUUGAGGAUCAAACUAUUUUCCAUUUUUAUUCUUGUUCUGUCCUCAUGAUUUAUGAAAAGGAGUUGGCUUUGGAGGGAAGGAACUUUGUUGCAGAAGUCAAACUGAUUGAUUUUGCCCAUGUCAUGGAAGGUGGAGGAGUUAUUGAUCAUAACUUCUUAGGCGGGCUCUGUUCUUUGAUAAAGUUUAUUUCAGAAAUACUAACCACUCCAGACGAGAGCCAAAAUUGUCUGCAGAACUCUGAGAAGAACCAGUUUCCUUGCGAUAAUGUUACUGAUCUAUAAAUGGAAUAUGGUGAGCUUUUUUAACCAUAUUCAUUGCCUGCUAGUGGUUGACUCUAUUUUGUAAGGCCUCGUUGAACUCCCUGUUAUUGACUGGUCUUUAUGUUGAUCAGAUCAGCAGGAACAUUUUUAUGAAUUCAAGUUUUUUGAAGGGAAUUUAAUGCAAUGUUACAUCUUCCCUUCUGGCUA